GUUUACUUGUUUCAUUGUGAGAUAUGAGGGUAUGAGAGAGGUCGUCAGAGGGUAGCGUAUGGUCCGGCCAUGAGAGCUUUUAACUUCAUGUUAGAUAGUAAUUAAAUUUUAAGCUAAUGACAUCUUAUAUCUUAUAUUUAGGAUAAGCACAAGUUACCCCCUUCAGGAAACAAAUUGUUCAUUUGAAUCCCUUAAAACCUGUUAGUCUGUUACGAAUGCUUUUGUUCCACCAGUUUACCAAUUUUAGCACCAUGAAGAGAAAGGAGAGACAACGAAAGUUUCAUGAUUCCCUGAUCAACAUGCUCUAUACUCCACCUUCGCCACCACCUCCUGAGAACAAAUAUGAUCAACAAUCCCUCGAUUUAGCCCGGGAAAUCGCCAAUUCAGAUCAUCAUCGUAUUAAUACAGAUGAAUUGGAGAGAGAAGCGGAAAUGGACUUAUCUGCGUCAAGCGAGGAAGAUGAUGAAUUAGGGUCUGAAAAGCUCACAAGAGCUCAGAGGAAGAGACUUCGAAGAAAGAAACUCAAAGAAGCUGCUUCCCACCGCAGACAGAUUAUCGGACCGGAGUUGCCUCCUACAGGCGAUGAUCAAAUCGAUGAUGAAGUUAGUAACGUUCACGAACCGUCGGAAGGUGUUCGACGAAAUGUCACAGAGGGAUCGGAGAGCGGAAAUAAUCGAGAAGAUGCGGUUUCCUCCAUUAAAGUAAAACACAGAAGGAUGUCUAAGAAAAAGGCAAGGGGACAACCCGAAGACACCUCCAUAGAUCCCAUCCAUGAAAUUACAAGUCCUGGUGACUGAGAUUAAGGCUUUACAAGUAAGUUUGUUCUCCAUUAUUCAUCAUACUUUUAUGCCUAGUACCUCCAUUUCUAGUUUCGAAUAGAUGGACUAUGAGAUUCAAAGCUGUAGAUUUAUUCAUUUAUGCCUUCUACCUCCAUUUUUUCUGCUGCUCGUAUCUUUUCAUGAGACAAAUUAAGACGUUAGUAGAUGGUUUGGUGAAUUGCAUUUUUAUUCUUUUUUUUUUGGUAGUGAUUAAGCACUCAAAAAAAGACAACAUAAAUAUUAGGAUUGUACCAUGAUCGUCUAUUCAAUGGAGCUAGAGUGUCAUUUUAAGAGUUAACAAUAAAAAACGGUUAACUCAAUAAAAGUGUAACAAACUAUUUGUUUUUUUUUUUUUUUUUAAUAAAACACGUGUUUAAAAAAAGUAUCAUAAAUGGGUAACAAAUUAUUUUGUGUUUACAAAAUAUAUAAUUGAAAUAAUGGUAAUUUGUGGACAAGAUGUUUUAGUUGCUUACUUU